AACUAUGCAUAAUAUUAUGUAUAAGACAUUUUCUGAUGUUUAAAAUUCGCAGCGUCGAACACCAAUAAGCCAAAACCAAUGCACUUAGGUUUUUCAGAAUAUAAGUUUCACUGCGUAAAACUAACAUUAAUUCUUUCAAGGGAUAUUUUCAAUGUCAAGAUUUACACUGACAAAGACGCCAAGUCCCAGCGAUUCGAAAUUAUGCAACCUCGUCGUGUACUUAGUGCGAGCAGCGUAUUUGGCAGAAUUUAGGACGGGAGGAAGGAUGCAGCUAUGUUACCUUUAUAGACGACACAAACGCCCGCGCUUAUAUUUGACAUCUCAGGAUAACUAUAGGUUACUGUUGCUUGUUUGGUCUUAGUUGUGUACGGUUUGCAGUAGCAGUGUUCGGAACCGGCGGCGCCCUUGGUUCGUCAGUGGGGUGUAACUUUCGUGCAUGUUGCGGUUCAAAUUUGUGCUCCACCGUUUGUGUGAGUGUCAGGGUUUUGUGGGAGUGUUGCUAAAGGGUAACAGGGUAAGAUGUCGGUGGCAUCGUAUCCGAACAAACCCGGGCCCUCAAGCUCACCCGGUCCGGCACAACAGUUGAGGCCAUCUCCUAAUCCGGCUCAAAUACAAAGGAUGCUCGACGAAAACGCUCAGCUCAUUCAGGCAAUUGCCGAUUAUCAGGCCAAAGGAAAAACUCAGGAAUGUCUUCAACAUCAGAGCAUCCUUCAUAAGAACCUUGUAUAUCUCGCGCAGUUAGCUGACGUGGCACCCCAACAGGUGAUCCACUCAAUGUUGCCGCCUCCUGGCCCGCCAGAAAUUGCGGCCGGACCUCCUGGAGGACCUGGCAAUUAUCCACCUGGCUACGGUCCACCGGGUGGACCCGGGGGACCUAACGGACCUCCAGGCGCUCCCCCCGGAACAUCGACGGGCCCUUAUGGCCCACCUAGUGGCCUUCAAAGGCAGCCUCCGUACGGAGGCCCGCCGACUAGCGCUUCCGACGCACCCCCACCAGGCCAGCCCUAUCCACCAAGACCUGGAUACCCUCCGCCAGCAGGUUAUCAACCCGGUUUUCCUAGUGGUCAGCAACCUGGUAACCCAAGCGUUCCUGGUGCAGUCGGUGCACCUGGUGGGCCGAGCGGUCCUGGCGGACCAGGAGGUCCAAGCGGCCCCGCCGGUCCUGGAGGUCCUGCUGGCCCUGGCAGUCUUACUACAACCGGUGGUACAGGUGGCCCACCAGGUGGACCUUAUUCUGGUCACUACCCUGGCACUCAGCCCGGCCAGUAUCCUCCACCACAAGGGGGUCCUCACAACGGACCUCCGCCAGUGUCGACCGCUGCCCCACCUGGACCACCUCAAGGUCCUCAGUCGGGGCCACCUGGUCCCCCGGCACCCCCUCAUCUGCAUUUUGGUCCUCAAGGCCCACAAGGCCCGUUGCCAGCGCAAGGUCCAUCAACAUCCGGUGGUCCUCCUCAUCCGAGUCAACCUACGACUCCAAACGCACCACCAAUAACGCUACCAUCGGCAAGUCAAGCUGGACCACUUCCAUCACAACCACCGGCACAUGUGUCGCAACCAAUACAGCCUCCAAUGUCUGCGGCUCCUCCUAUACCAACAUCGGCGCCUCACCUUCAGACAGUCGCGCCUACACAAGUACUCUCUCAGCAACCAAUUAUGGCAGUUCCUUCUAUUCAAACGCCUCCUACGUCGGCUCCGCAACCAGUUAUUACGGGACCUCAAGGACCUGCACCACCUAACCAACCGGGGCAGCCCUGUCCACCCACAUCAACAGCAGGGUCAUCACCGGUUGCUCCAGGACAACCACCCGGUGGUCCACCUGGUGCUGCUCAAAAUGCACCUCCAGGCGGUCCCACUAGCGGCCCUCCUGGAGGUCCACCAGGUGGUCCUCAAGGUCCACCCGGCCAAUAUCCAGGCAGCCCUGCACAUCCAGGCCAUCCAGGACCUUACGGUCCCCCACCGGGACCACCAGGUCAGCAAUAUCCUCCUGGAGCGUAUCCGCCAGGUCAGGGUCCACCUCCUGGUCAGCAGUACCCCCCCGGGGCUGCGCCGCCUGGCCAGGGACCUCCAGGACCGUACCAGCAUUACCCCGGGCAAUAUCCACCUCCACCUGCUGGCCACGCGUAUCCACCCCAUGCCCAACCGUACGGACCCCCUGGCAGCCAAUACCCGCCACAUACACCUCAUCCACAAGGCUACCCCCAACCUCCUCAAGGUUAUCCUCCGCAUCCUGGUCAAGGAUACCCUCCUCAAGGAUAUCAAGGUUAUGGUGGGCCGCCUAGAGGCUAUCCUCAGCCACAACAAGGCUACCCGCCGCAUUAUGCGCAAGGGAGAGCACCCUACCCAGGAGGACCAUAUCCCCCAACAGGAGGUCCUGGACCCCACGAAGGUCAAGGACCUCCGGGAGGUCCUCCACAGGGGCCAGGAGGACCACCUUUUGGUCCUCCAGCGGGUUAUCCUCAACAUGCGGUUGGAACGCCGCAACCGCCACCGCAGGGAGGUCCUGGUGGGCCUGGAGUACCACAACAAGGUCCUCCACCUGUUGGAGCCCCGUCUACGUCCGGUCCUCCACCUACAGGGCCAACAGGCUAAAAGGGACGAAACUAAUGCGUCCUUUAGGUUCAGUGGCAAGCCUCUGUUUAGUAUUAUCCAACCAUCCACCAUGGAUUCCUUCGGUUUGUGCGACAUAUAAUUGUGUAUUGUAAACAUCGUGGUCGGAAUGUGCUCAAGUAUCUGCAUCCUCCGUUGUGUAUUAUACAUAUAAUGACAA